GAUCCAUUCCAUUCGUCCUCGCUGCUUCUGUUUCCCAUGUGAUAGAACCACAGCUCGUGUUGUGCACGGGCUGAGUGAGAGCUCGUUUUUCGGUAUGUAGACCGGGAGAGGCGGCUGAUCUCACCGUACAUUAUGAUCCGCAGACCGAGGCUCAACUUCAGGCCGAACAUCAAGCCGGGAGGUCGAGCACCCGGCCCUUCCACCGGUACUGCGGGAGGAGCGGCACCGGAACGCAAUGGACCCGCAGAUGCCGCUCCCCUCCCUGACCCAGCAGACUCGGGGAAGGAUAAUAGUGCAGGAGGCCUGCCAGUUCCGGACACCCCAGCCGGGGAGGUGACAGCAGCUGCCGCGUCUGACAGGGGAGAGCCCCAGGCUCCGCAGGAGAAAGACCCGGCUAAAGAGAUAUCCAAUUCCACUAAUGAAACCUCAUCGAGUAAAACUACCGUUACGCCAUAUCAGAGAAGAAAGAGAAUCUCUACUUUGCCCAACUUGGCAAAACAAAGGGUUUCCAAUGCUUCCUCCGUCCCUUCAUCACAGAAGGCUUCACCAGUGGAUGUCCCUCCAUCUCAGCCUAUUAAUAUUGUUCCUCCAAACACUGAGGUUUCUCCUCCAAGUGAAAAAACCAAAUUACAGAGCCCUCCGAAAUCACCCACUCCUCGAGGACAGCACCAGGCCCUGCCUGAAAAGAGGACUCCGGUACCUCAGGUACCACAGUUUUCCCCUUACAAGAAGCCUGUCCUUAAGCAGCCGGAGGCAACACCUGUUAAAAUUAUUGAGCCGCUAGCCAAAGAAGAGUUGUGUCCCCUUAAAGAGAGAGCCUCACAGGAGUCUAGUAAAUGGGAUGGAUCUCUGAAUACACCAAAGCCCACUCCUGUGAAAAAGAAAUUUGGCGAUUUGGAGAAAGAAAGAAUUAGAAGAGCCCAGAAACUAAGGGAAUUACUUCGGGAGGAGCUGAGGAGCGAGAGGAGAGCAUGGAGAGCAAAACAUCCUAUUCCAGACCCUAAUGCAGAGCUGGAACGUUCUAAGAUGACAAUGAGAGAUUUUGUACACAUCAUCCCGCUAAAUAAUCCAAUGAAAUCUUCUAUUGAAGAAACAAAAACCAGUGAAAAAUCAAUAACAGGAGAAAGUCAACUCCCCAGACCAGAAACCAAAAGUGUUCCCAGUGAUGAGGACGAUGAUGCAGACGAGGAUGACAGUGGGUUAGUUCCUCGUGUAAAAGUGGCAGAAGAUGGAUCUAUUAUUCUUGAUGAGGAAAGUUUGACAGUGGAAGUGAUCAGACCAAAAGCUGCAAUCGUUGAAGAUAACGACCCGGUUUUUGAGAGAGGUUCCACAACUACAUACUCUAGUUUUAGAAAGAACAGUCACACUAAGCCGUGGUCCAACGCAGAAACAGAAAUGUUCUAUCUUGCCAUUAGCAUGGUUGGAACAGACUUUUCUCUGAUUGGUCAGCUCUUCCCCCACAGGAAGCGGCUAGAGAUCAAGAACAAAUUUAAACGGGAGGAGCGAGCGAAUGGAUGGCGGAUCGACAAAGCGUUUAGAGAAAAGAAAGCAUUUGACUUUGAAUUUUUUGCAACUCUCCUCAAAAAAGCUUUGGAGAAGAAAAAUUCACCAAAAGUUGGAAAAAAGAUUAAAAAACCUCGGAAAAGAAAAGAGAAACAGACUGGCGAUCAGAGUAACGUCUGCAAUGCCGAAACAUCUGCUGUAUCUGAUGGCGAGGGAGCCGAUUGCAGGACAGCCGAGAAGGAGAACGAGGAGUCGCAAACUGUCGCUGAAGUGUCGGUUUCUUCUGACUCGGCCCCGGUUAAAAAAAGACGACAGCGAAAAAAAAAGGACAGCGAAGCUUUGGGUUCUAAUGAAGAAAAGGUUAAAAAACCCAGAAAAAAAGGUAAAUCCAACCAAGGGGGUGAAGAGAAAAGCACGGAAAUUGGUGAAGGGGCACAGAACGAAGAUAGUUUGGCCACUGAGGAAAACCAUGGCGCACACAGCAGUCAAGAGAAAAAGGGGCGAAGACGAAAAAAGAAAGGCGAGCUCAAGAAGCCCGAAGUGGAGCCUCUGUCAGAUUCUGGAUCUGAUAUAACACCGUUAACCAAGAAAGCCAAACGCAAGGGCAAAAAAGUGAUUUGCGAGGAACCAGAGGAGGAUGAGUCCGUUGUCCAUCAUACAGAAGAGACUACUGAUGUAUGUGGUGCAUCGGAUGAGACCGCCAAGUCUGGGGAUGUAACCAUUGACCUCUUCCCUGAGGAAGGUGGGAAUUGGUCAGGAAAUGAAUUUUUAUCCAGCACGCAGAGGGAUAUCUCAAACGCCCAAAGCCAUGAUGUGCCUUCGGCUUCAGAUGUUUCAGUCAUUGAUGAAGCCGUUUUGGUGGAAAAUCAGAGGGAAUCUACUAGUGAGAAAGGGGACCAUGCGAUUUCGGCCAAUGAGUUGCUAGAUGAACGUGCUGUAAGCCAAGAAGAAGGGGCAUUACCCAAACCACCCCCCACUAAAUCCACACCAGUGCCACGGGGAAGAUUUGCAAAACUGAAGCCCGAUUUAAGAAAAGCACCUUCUAGAAAGGAAAGCCAAGAAGAAAUGGAUGUUGAAGGGAAAGAUGAGGCUACUAUGGACACAUCCAGUUUCUCACAAUAUUCUGAAGAAAACCCACCCAUUCUUGGAAACAAUAAAGAUGAACUAGUGGAUGUAAACACGAGCCAAGACAUUUCUGCUUCUGUCCCAGUUCUUAGUCCAUCGCAGAAGGAAUCCGACUCUGUGGUGGGACAGUCACAUGAUGGGGAACACAAUUCUGCCGGAGUUGACUUUGGGCAAGAAGGCUGUCCAAUGAAGGAGGCUUCUAAGGAGAAACCUGUAAGAGGACGCUUGGUGAGGCCCAAACCAAAUAUUGCUAAAGUACCGGUUAGGAGUAAGCCAUUGGAUCAGCCACAUACUAAAGCUUCUGGAAAGGCUUCUGGUGAACCCAAGGAAUUAUCUCAACUUGGCGAAGACGAGGAGGAGAAAGCAAAAGCUGAAGAGAAGCCUACACCUAAGGAUGCAUGCAGGGAACCUCCUAUUAAACCAGCAGUGCUGGCAAGAGGCAGAUUUCAAAAACCAAGACCUAAUAUUUUGAAGUCUACUACAGCUAGACGAGACAACAAGGAGGAAUGUGAUAAUAAAACUGGGGUAAACGCCAGCAACGUCCCAUUGGGUCCCAAAGACAUGGCUGCUUUUGAAAAAAGUGGAAACCAGGCAUCCAACAUUUCCUGUACGGAGGAAAGCUAUGCGCAGAACUCUGCUUCGGUCGUUAAUGAGCAAUCCCAAAGUGUUUGCUGCCCGGAGUCCGAACUGGCAUUGGCAGGAGAGCCCACUGCUGCGAAAGUAGAUGUGAAACAAGAACAACCUUCAGAUCCUUUAGUGGAUGAAGCCACUAAAGAACCCAGCAACAUCCCAGCGGGACCCAAGGGACACUCAUCAAUUUCUGGAAAACAUGAAGACCAAGGGAAGAAAACAUCCGUGUUGAAAGAAAUUUCUGCCCCUGAAAACUCUGAUUCUGUUUGUUCCCCGUGUAAGUCUUCACAGCCAUUGGAAUCCUCGUUAUCACAAGCACGGGAAGCUGAUUCUGUCUCUGGAACCCUCGUUGAAUCGGAUGUUGCCUUAAAGGAUUCUGUGCCUGUCAGUGAAGAGAGACAACCAGACGUCCCGAAACCAGCAGUGUUACCAAGGGGCAGAUUGCAAAGACCAAAACCGAACCUUGGCAGAGCAGCAUUGCGAAAAAAUAAGUGUGCUCCGCAAGAGAGUGCUGUACAAGAGAACACGGGACAAACAGAACAGAGCAUGUCAAAUGCAACCAUGGAUGAAAAAUCCGAGAGUUCAUUAACAAGCAUGUUGCGUGAGGCGUCCACAAACGGUACAGACAUGUCCAUGGGUCAGGAAGUUGAUAAGUCGCAUACCGAAGACGUCCAAGGGAUCCAACAGGAGAAUGGCUCCAAAGUCUCUGGCUUGGUCAAGGACCACAAAGAAGAUUCUGUUAUUGAUACCGUGAUUGGUAAAGAAACAGUUUCUGCUGCUGGACCCAGCACGCAACCUGCAGUAAAACUUGCAAGAGGUAGACUGAAGCCGAAGCCCAAUCUAGCAGCAGCUGGAAGAAAACCAACUGGUAUUCUAAACAAAGAAGCUGCUGGAUUGCCCCAUGACAGGGAAAAUGAAAGACUUUUGUCCAGUAGUUCAGAGUCUCCUCCUGUCGGUAAAAGGAAAGCUGUCGAGUGUGGCGGGGAUGUGUCUCCUAAACGAAUACCACGCUGCAACCUUGUACAGGAACUAGAGUGUAGUUCAGGACAUGUUUCCAUGGGGCACAGAGAGCAGGAGAGUAGUGUAACUGCCAUAGGACAACAGAGUAAUUCAGACAAAGGAGAGCAAGAAAAUAGCCAACGCACAGAGGCAGAGGUGGGUGACACGGAGGAGGACAGAGAGCAGAACACCACGCCCCAGCGGACAAGAUCUGAUAGGCUGUUGAAAAGGCCAUCAUCAUCAAUACCUGUUCCAGCUAAACUUUCUGAUAACCGGGAGAAAGAGAAUAACGCACGUAGUGCCAAGCCCAGCAAAAGCAAGCUCCCAAAAUCCACACUUAAGCCAACCAAAAGAAAGACCAUGUUGGUGAAACUUAGAGCUUCCCAAGAGGAGGAAGAUGAAGAAGAUGAUGCAGAUAUGGUUUUUGAAGAGGAGGAUUAUGAUCUGGCUCCUCAUAUGGUGAACCAAGCUCCAGUGUUUGUUCCCUUUAGCUUGAGGUCACCAAAACCUGUCCAAGCUGAGAUUGAGGAGACCGUAGAAGAGCUUGAAAUCCCGCUGGAUGCUGUAGAUGUGGCGAGUAUCACAGAGGAUGUGUCUGUUCACUCAGAUGAGGAUGAGGAACCCAUGGAUUUGUCUUGCACAGGUUCCGGCGAUGUAUCACAACAUGCAUCAAUUUCUCAGUCAGAGGUGGACAGUGGAGGUACGUCCCCAGUUUCUGAUCCUGGUAUGAAGGACCAUCUAAUUUCUGUCACCGAGAGUGACAUAAAAUCAGGCUGUGAAAUUCAGUCGGACCGUAGCCAUCGAGAGUUUCCCACUGACGGAGAAGCAAAUGGAUCCACGAUACUCAGUUCUAUACCCUGCUCAGUGGAUCUGUCAGAAGACAGUGUUUCUAUACCCGAGGGUCUAAGUGUAUUUGAAGCAACCCAAGAGGAUUUUGGUCAGGUGUCCUCUGUUUCUAAACCAGACUUUAAAGUAGAAAAUGUGUCCCCUGCUGAGGAAACCACCUUUAUUUUGACACUGGUGGAAAUACCGAUAAACCCUGAAUACCCAUAUUCAUGCGAAACAAGUCCUACCGAGUCUCUUCCAGCUCCUGUGGUGAUCAGCACAGGACCUUCACAAUCCACCCCACCACUGAAAAGUGAAAGCAUAGAGGUUCCUGUGUCUUCAGUUCCUGUGUCAUGUGACCCAUGUUUCACCCCAGAUGUUGAGAAUCCAGAGUUCCUCCAAGGUCAGACUUCAAGGAAAAGAACCACAAGUAACUCGAAUGGAAAUGAGGUGGCACCUCCUGCAAAGAAACCGCUGCUGAAGGAGAGGGUCCAGAAUGAAAAGGAACUGAAAUUUAAAGAAACCGCAGAAUCCUCUGGAGAAGGCAAAAUAAAAUCGCUCGUGGACUCUCCUCCGAGACGAGGAGGGGAAACGCUGCCUGAUGCACAGCAAUCUGAUGUGCCUGUCGCCCUCACAGCCCAACAACCCAGUGGAAACCUGGCUCCUAGAACAUCUUUAAAGAGACCUGGAAGAAGACCAUUGGGGUUUUUAGGUUUGGUUUGUACAGAAAAGCAGAAAACUGCUGUUAAGAACAAGAAGAAAAUCCUGCCCAAACCACCAAGUAAAAAGCCAUCCACACGUGCACAGAAAUCCCAGACACCAGCCCCUGUUCCAAGCCAGGACAGUGCCGCAGAUAACAAAGUGCCUUCAAUUGCUAGUAGCCCUGUGACUACUGUUAGUGUGGCUCCCAAGUGUGAAGAGGACAGCAUGCGGGUUUCUCAAGACUCUGAUAACGACGACGAGCAACAAGCAGUAUUGUCCACUUCCCAUGACGUGGUUUUUGAAGAAGAGGCAUCAACAGUGUCUGAAUAUUUCUUCGAUGAUAUCUUUAUGCCAGUUGACGAUGAGUGAAGUCCAGAAAGAAUAGAACAAAUCACAAGGAAUGACUUUCCUUACUUUGCUAAGAGAUUAGAAAAAAAAAAUCUUUAAAACAAAAUGUUGCCUUGGUACCCUCUUCUAGAGUGCUUACGUCUUCUGUGCCUUGUCCUAAAGUGUAUAUUUUUUCCAUAAUGAGGCAUGCUUUGUAUAUGCUUUAUAAAUAGAUUUAUUUAGAGCCCGCCUUA